GCUGAUGCAAGCCACACCCCGCAGCGUCACGCACAGGUGAGCGUCCGGAACAGGAGACAACAACACAAGGAACAACAACUGGGCGGUGUCACGUGGUGCGUGCGUCCAACUGACACGCGCAGAGAGAGAGAGAGACACAGAGACAGAGACAGAGACAGAGAAGCGGCAGCAACGGGGACAGUGUGCUCUGUGCUCGAGUCACGGGGCAGCGGCGCCGGUGUCUGUGUGACAGACAGUACAGGAUAUCCCCGAGCUCCUCCUCCCGCUUCCUUAAAUCAGAGAGUGGCCCCUGCACCUCCUCAAACCAGUGUCUCCCAGCACGUCUUCCCGGCUUUCAGUGUAAGGAGCGGGCACCGGCAGAUGAUGGGCGACUGUGUGACCCGAGGCUGUGCUCACCCGCUGUGCCCUCCACACCUGGCUCUGUAACGUCCGCUCACCCCACGCCGCCGGGGAUCUCAUGGCCUGGGUGAAGCUGUUCCGCCGACAGGCGGGGGGGAACCUGGGGAAGGUCUACCAGCCUGGCAGCGUCCUCUCCCUGGCCCCGGCCAAAGGCCUCUUCAACGAGCCCGGCCAGAACAGCUGCUUCCUCAACAGCGCCGUGCAGGUUUUAUGGCAGCUGGACAUCUUUCGACGCAGUUUACGUGGACUUACUGGACAUGUUUGUUUAGGAGAAGCUUGCAUAUUUUGUGCUUUAAAGUCGAUAUUUGCACAGUUUCAAACUAGCCGGGAAAAGGUGCUCCCGUCAGAUGCUAUGAGACAUGCCCUUGCGGAGAGCUUUAAAGAUGAGCACCGCUUCCAGCUUGGCUUCAUGGAUGAUGCUGCAGAAUGCUUUGAGAACAUAUUGCAGCGCAUUCACUUCCAUAUUGUGCCAAAUAGUGAGGGUGAUAUGUGCACCUCAAAAUCUUGCAUCACUCAUCAGAAGUUUGCAAUGACUCUAUAUGAGCAGUGUGUCUGUCGAAGUUGUGGAGCAUCAUCUGAUCCUUUGCCUUUUACAGAGUUCGUGCGUUACAUUUCCACUACAGCACUUUGUAAUGAAGUUGACCGAAUGCUAGAGAGACAUGAGCGCCUGAAGCCAGAUAUGUUUGCAGAGUUACUGCAGGCUGCAAACACAGCAGAUGACUACAGAAAAUGUCCGAGCAAUUGUGGACAAAAGAUCAAAAUUCGUCGCGUGCUUAUGAACUGCCCAGAAAUAGUAACCAUUGGUUUGGUUUGGGAUUCUGAGAACUCUGAUUUGACGCAAGACGUUGUUCGAAAUUUGGCUACACAACUUUACUUACCUGGGUUGUUUUUUAGAGUGACCGAUGAACAAGCAAAAGAAAGUAGACUUUACCUUGUGGGUAUGAUCUGCUACACUAGCCAUCACUAUUGUGCCUUUGCCUAUCACACUAAAAGUGCCAGGUGGAUUUUGUUUGAUGAUGCUUCUGUGAAAGAGGUUGGGACUAAAUGGAAAGAUGUAGUCACAAAGUGCAUUCGGUGUCAUUACCAGCCAUUGCUCCUGUUUUAUGCAAAUCCUGAUGGCACAGCGGUGACUACAGACGAUGCUCUCAGGCAAGUCCUGCACUGGUCUCACUACAAGAGGAUUUUCAACAAUGUCGACACAGCAAAUGAACGCAUGUCAUCAACAUCAAGAAAGCCAGAUUACAAUAGAGAUCGUGACUUCGAAGAACACGUCUAUCAGAACAGUGGUUACAAAUAUCAAACAGAUGAGUCCGGAUUUAAUCGGGGAGUUGUUCAAUCAAGUGCUGGAAGAGGGCCUGUUAAACUAGGUCGCAACGAUCAUCAGGAAAAGAUAAAGGAUUUGUCACGAGAAUGUGCCCAAAGGGCGAAUGACCUAAAAAGUGCAUCAUCGUCAUCCUCAACAUCCUCAUCUCACAGAAGAAUUGUGGAUAAAACACAGAGGAAAGAACUUGCCAGACCUAAAGAACCAUCAUCUGGAGGUGUGGCAUACCAUUCAAAGUCCUUUUCAGGCUCCCAGCAAAAAUCUGUGUCUCCUUCACGUUCUAAUGGCUUCAGGCAGUAUCCCGAUCCUCACUUCUUCAGCAGUCAAGGGAAAGGUCCAUAUAAGCAGCAGAGACAGGACCAACAGUCAAAGCCAGUGGCUUCACCCAGUACAGGUCAAACUGCAAUUCCUGAGCCAAAACAAUUGUCCAGAGUGAAGAACCAUAUUGUAACUGGCUAUGAUACCGAUGGCAGUCUCGAAUACAGAGAAAAGGGAACUGGCAGAAGCAAAAAACCCUGGCGGCCUAUGCGAGAGACUCUUAACGUGGAUAGCAUCUUUACUGAAAAUGAGAAAAGCCAGUCAAGUCCACGGCAUUUAGCAAACUCUAAUGGGAAACACCAAACAGUCAAGGAUCAAAGCCUUAACCACUGCUCAAAAGAGAGUCCUAAGAGAAAAGUCCUGAUGACCAUUUAUGAGGAUGAGAUAAAACAGGAAUCUGGCAGCAGGAGUUCUUUGGAAUCUGUUGGGAAAGGUCAGAUGGAAAGGAGCAAAUACAUUCCAGAGUCGAAGAUGUACCAUCUUGACAGCUGGCAGAGGGCGGAGUCUGGGUAUGAAAGCAGUGACCACGUCAGCAGUGGGUCAAGCAAUCUAGAUUCUCCAGUAAUUGAAGGCACUAGCUUUGCUGAUAUGAAGGGUCUGCAAGAAGCAAAUCUGAACAGUGACCAACAGCCAGGAAAUGGAUUUCUUUCUACCUCUCCACACAACAGAAGUCAGUCAAACGGCUUUAUCAAAGAAUAUAAUGGUUUUGAGCGUAAUAGAUGUGAAGAUAGACUGUCCCCAGUUCCACGUGACUCGUCACACAGCCCAUCUUGCCAAAGGAAGCAAGCUGGAGAAUUUAAGAGAGAGGUUCGCUCACCAACCUUUCGUAACAAAGAUUACAGCAUUAAAGAGGUGCAGGUGAACAAACCAGAUGAUGCAUGGGAAAGUUCUCAUCGUCUGACUUCCUACUCUUCAAACAAUUGCUGUUUGCACCUAGAGCAUUCAUCACGAGCAAAUGUGCUGAUGAACACAAAUAAUCUACCAGAUCCUCUGCUGCAGCCCACUGCCAGUUCCUCACAGACAUUCUCGCAGGGCAAUAGAGUGCAAUACAUGAACACUCUGAGUUCUGUUCCAGAUGAAAAUCAGUCCUACAACAGAGGUGACAACUGCAAUUUAAACAAUCCUGACUUUAACAGCCUACCACCCCCUCUUCCCCUGAAGAAGUACAACCGAAGUGCUAUACCAAGAACAGAGCAACAUUUUGCACCAGCAACUACUGCACACCAGGAAACAUUGUCUCAUUUUCAUUCAGCAGGUUCUGAGAGACAUUCACAUGGUGAUUUUGUGAGACCAGACUCUGAUGCAGACUACUAUCCAAAGAAUGAUGCAUUUCACAGUAAUGAACUACAAAUGAACACACCAAAUCUGUCUGGAGCUUCAAUAUAUGACUGUCGGUCAAAGUUGAGUCAACAGACUUUGGCACUAGAUCCAAUUCCCCAUGUAAAUGAUACAGUUGCACUUACUACAUACUUUUCUGUGGACAACUGUAUGACCGACACAUACAGGCUGAAAUACCAUCAGAAGCCAAAGGUGUACAUGACUGACGGACCUUCAUUCCAUAGGGAACCUGGUCACUUAAAGCUAGCAGGGACAGUUAUUGAACCUUCAUACCCCAGAACCAUUGAUAGUGCUCAUCACUCACUAUCACGAUCAAAAGCCUCAUUUGGUGGUGUACCUUGUAAUAGGUAGACUCUUGGUUUAUCACUUUAGUCUUACUACAGAUAUUCCAUGGAGAGGUUUAAACCCUAUUUUUUCAAACUGGGUAUUGUACAGGGCACUGCUGAUUGUAUCUGGUGAGCAUUCAUGCUUCUGUAUAAAAAAAAAGAAGAAAAAAAUAGAAAGUUUGUACUGGUUGUUGAACCGUCCAUUUUACUUGGAGACUCCCAAUCCGCGCACUACAUAAAUAUGACACAAAUGUGUUCUUGAUAUUUUUGCACAUUGUCUAGCUGCAGGUGUCUUGUAUUGAAAACUGUUUGAAAAUAAUUGUGUAUUGGCAAAACUGUUUUGUGAGAAAUAUCGAGUUGUUAAGUUCAGGGAGAGGUCAACUUUAAUUCUGUUAAUGAAAACAGAACGUUAUUGCGCUGUUGCUCAGAGGUCAAGUGAAAGUCGGGCACUGAGCCAAUGUCCUCUAUUCUCUGCAGGUUUCCCAGGGUUUACCUAAUCGGAUAUUACUACACUUCUUUCACUUUUAAGUCAGAGCUUUCUCACACUACAUACAAAUGUGUAUAUUUUUUGCUACUAAACAGCAGGUAAUUGAUAAAUAUAAAUUUUGAUAAAGCAGUUGUGUAUUUUUACAUGGCCUUACAGGUAAAAUGUCAGAUUAUUUAUGGAAUUCUACUAAACUUUCACAAAAACCUUACAGCUACGACCUCCCAAAAAAAACACUAGUAAAGGCAUUUCUGCGUUCUGUUUAAGAACAUAAUCAGUGCUGUAAGCCGUUCAAUGAUUGAAACUAAUGUACAUGAGCAUGUACUUGCAAUGUCACCAGUUUCUGGUGCAGGUAUCAUGAAUGCUGUUAGUGCACACAAUACCCCCACUGUGUAUAAGGAGACAGCUGGAUUUUCUGAGAUCAUUAUGGCAGCACCCAGUUAGUAUUUUACAUUGUAAAACUCUCUGGAUGCAUGCCUUGCUCCUGUCAUUUUAAUAUGAAUUUUCUAGACUUUAUAAAUGCACUCUUUCUGUAUGCUAGUACGAUCUGAUUUUGGAGACUGAGCCCCUGAAGUAGAGGAUUGAAGAACCGCAUUUCUAUGUUUUAGAGAUUACAAUUUUAGAUGACGUGUAUAGUUUUUGUAUGUAGAUAAGGGUACUAUGGACUGUUAUAUAGAUAUAUAUCCCUAUUAACUUUCACAGAAACUUGUAACUCCUUGCCUAGGCCACACACAAGUUAAUCAAUGUAGGUACAGGCAGCCAAUGGCAACAUUCCUGGCAAUUUUUCAAAAGCUAAAAUCAUGCUCCCAAAUGUGGGUAUUGUAUCUCCAGCUAGCAUGGUUUAGAACCCAGCAGUGUACAAGACCUCUUCAGGUGACUGAAAUCUAACCGACUUCAGCCACUAAAGAACCACCUGGCUAUCUGUCAGUGCUUGCAGGUACAUUUUAGGCUAAACUAAAACUAGAUUUUCUCAGGAAAUGACAGGAAUAUCUUUGCGUUCAGGGAACAUCCUGGUUGUCCACUUCUUAAGAAACUAACCUUUAAUAUGAAGCUAUCCUCCCUGUGUAGUAUGUUGGUAAACCACCUUCCUCUGCCUCAUCCGAAACUAAAUUGUAAUGCAUUUUCUGUGCCUGGAGAACUUCUUAUGAAGUUUGCAAAAAGGCAAUGUCCCCUUUAAAUAAAUCCACUGCAUAUUUCUAUCUUAUCUCAGAUCAACUCCAUUAAGUUAGAUUAUUGUAGAAUUCUUUUUUAUUUUUUUGACCUUAUUCUCAAUGUCUCUAAUUUACUAUUAUUAUGGGUAGUUUUAGAGUUAUAAAUUAGCAUGUCCUUUUUAUUGUGGCUAAUGCUACCUCCUCAUGAAUAAUGCAAGUAUUCAAAAUUCUGCGGUAAUAUAUUUAUAAUGUAUAAAAUAGGCGGUAAAGAAUCUACACUCCUCCAGAAUGUACUAGGUAAUUUGAAGCAUGUGUUAUUACUGGUGAAAUCCAUAAAGGUAUCCAGAACUAGUGCUUAAAGGGUGCCACAGCUAUGCAACUUACACAUGAAGCAAAAAAAUGUCUUUAAUUGGAAUGACACUGCUGUUAUCACUGCAUACUGUGACCUGAAAUCAACACCCAUUAGCAGUAUCUGUAUAAAACCAAAGGAGUCAAUUCAAUUAAGCAUGACUAAGUUGUGCCACUGUAAAUCGGUGCUGCUGUAUGUUGCAUUUACACUACCAUAUAUUUGUGGAUUUUUGGUUUGCUGCCCUGUAGGCCUGCUUGGAGAAAAAAAAUCCAUUAGGCUGGGGUGAGAUUUUGCCACGAAGGGGAGUGAGUUCAGCUGCUGUUGACAGUGUUUCUACACUGUUGCAAUCACUCUUCCCCCUCGCUCCUAAUUGAAUUGACCCCAUAGUGUUUUGUUAUUAAAAAAAAUUCUAUCAUUUUACGAUUUCUUUAAAUCACGCCAGGGCAUCUUGUUUUAGUGCAAAUUAUUUUAUUUUUAGGAUUUCUAAAAUGUAGGUGUUAAGGUAUUAUUUGUUUGCCUCUAAUGCUCAUGUUUUCUAUAACAGUGGCUCCUUAAACCCUGUUCACACGGGGAGAUUUGUCCCGGAGAUAUGUGCUGAGCAAUCUAGCACAGAUUGCUCAGCACACAUCUCUCAAGCUCGGCACACAGCGCAAUGUGUGCGCUGUGUGUUGAGGGAGGAGAAAAAAAAGCUCACUUCACCUGGCGAAGUGAGCGAUCUCACUAGAUUGGGCAUGCAAUCUUAGAAAUUAAGCAGAGUGCUUAGAAAUUAAUAUCGCUCAGUGUGUACCCCCCUGUACUCUAAAGAGUAUGUUGACUAAUUUAAGGAUUGUCGAUUGCCUAAGCAAAUUUAUUAACUAUAAAGUACAUUUUUCAGUAGAAACACUCCAGUAGAAAAUAUAUAUAUAUUUUUUUUUCAUAUGAGCUUCUAAUGAAUUUACAUAAUCUUCCCUAUUUUAUCUAUUCAUCAGUUUAUAUAGAAAUGUCUCUUGGGAAACACUUCUCAGUGUAGAAUGUGACCUCUCUAACCCUUGUACAGCUUUUGCUUCUGUGCCUAUUUAAUAAAUAUUUUGUGUACUGACAUGGAAAUAUAGAUUUGUACUAUAUGACUUUAUAUUUUGAAAACUGCUUGUAAAUAAGAAUACUACAUACAUGUCGUUACAUUUCUUUCCUGUGUUGCGUUUGGAAUUUAAACUGCAUUUUGUUUUUCAUGUUGACAUUGCAGUGUGUUUGAAUUAAGUUGUUACAAAUAUAUUGUAAACUUUUGUACAUUCAGAAAUAGACAAUUGAUAUUGUAUUCAUAUCAAAAGAAUGUUAAUGUGCAAUAUUUAGUGCUGAACUGCUUUUUAUAGAGUGAUUUAUUUACUAACCAUACGAGCCUAAGAAAUAUUUUUAUACAGAUUACUCUGAAGCAAAGUGAAAAUACGUUUGACAGCAUUUCUCCCUUUGCCAGCUCUCCAAACAAGUUGUAAUGAGAAAAUGGUAGACUUCAUGCACCAAAGUGUUUACUUUACAAGGAUAUGUCCGGAUCUUAAUGUAUUGCUGCUAGAGCAUUAUCAGGGAUAUUUGUCAAAACCUAAGACGGACAAUUUGAUCACACUUUUUUUUUUUUUUUUUUUUCCCCUUUCGCCCCUCAUAUAUUAAUUUCCCUGUUCUAUAGAGGGGAAUUCAGUUGCAGGCAUUAGAAAAAAAAUUCAGGAGAGUUAUCACACAUAUCGCCCAUUAAUGUCACAUAAUGCCUAUAUGUGUGCUCCUGUGUAUCAUCCAAUUAUAAAAGGGUGAAUUCAGUAUUUGCUCAUUAAUUCUUGCUGGUAAAACCAGUUAUACGUAUAGGUGAAAAUGAAGAAAAUUGCCUAUACCCCCCCUCCCCCCAAAAAAUGCAAAAUAAUAUUGGAUAACAGUAUAGAAGUCUAAUAAUGGACAUUAAAGUUUUUGGCCUUAAAUUGUCGCAUGGCUGUUAUGACAUUUUGAAAUAACAAUGAAAAAAUUAUAGAAAGCAUGUGUUUUUCUUCAAAUUAAAUACUCUACUUAAAUUGGGGGUGCAUAAAAAUGCUUAAGAGAUGUCAUUUUAAGGCACUUCAAAAAAAAAAAAUCUUAAAAACCACACCUGUAACACCCACAUGAAAGCCUAAAAUCACCAAUCCCAUUCAUACAGCACCCAAAUAUACCUGCCCCAUAUCUUGUAAACCUUAUUCCUGCAUUUCGCAAAUUUUCACCCUAAAAAUGACAUGUCCUCAUUGGCCAAAGUCAAAAGAUUAAUUAGGCACUUGGAAUUUUAUUAUUAUGGAGGGUGUCCAAGUGGUUCUGAGCAAAGUCCCAACAGUUUUACCUUUAAAAUAGGUAUUUUCUCAAACUUUGCACCUGCUUAGGAGAGUUGAAAAAAAACAUUAGCAUGAAACCCUAUGGAGAAUUAACACAUGUAGCUUUUGAGGCCAAUUGGAUAGGUUCAUUUUCAUCUGUCCUAGAAAGUCAAUUUUACACAUGAAAACGGGUUCUCACCUGCAAUUAAAUUUCACCCCUUACUUGCAAGUUCAGGAAACAUUUUAUAACAAGUUUUAAUACAUACACACACACACACACACACACACACACACACACACACACACCUCCUACUUUAAGUUGCAUAGGCAAAGAGGUUUAGUAGCCGAAAAAGCAAUGGAUCAGACCCAAAUGAUCCUUUCUCAAGCUUUUUCUUGGUAAAAAAUAUUUUAGUUGGCUACAGUACUUAGGAGGGGUGUGGAUCUAGAUAAUCUGUCUCCCUUUUCAGUCUGUACAUUUAGAGUGCCCACUUACAGUUUUUUCCAUCUGUCCAAACAUACAUACAUACAUACAUACAUACAUGUAACACACACACCUUGGUUGCACUACAAUUAUAGCACAAUGUAUGGUGGUUUUUGAAACUUCCACAUUGCGUGAUGACGUCUAGGAUGCUGCUAUUGUUUGUGUCGUCCCCAUGAUGCAAAGUACUUGUCGUGCACGGCUUUAGAACAUUUGCACAUGAACAAGUAUUCUCUAUAGCAAAACUAAAGAGUGGUUUUAAGAAAAUGUGGCCCAAGUGUAAUAGCCAGCAAGUUGCAGGCAGCAGUAAGAUGUUGGUGCUAUAGCUGUGGGAUUAAGUGUUGGUUUGCUUUAACCACUUAACGGACUAUUUAUUUCUGCAAAAACCGCUCCGAAAUUGUCAGGGUUUUUAUGAGAGAAUUAGGUGAAGAACAUGAAUUUGACCCUAUCCAAAAUUAUUUUUAGUAAAAAAAAAAAUAUAUAUAUAUUUUUCUGAACAUCUGAAACAUUGCGACCAUCGCGGCUUUCGUAUUGAAAGCCGAGAGAGCCUCCAGGUACACAGGGGUCUAGGGGGGGCGGGUUAAUUUACACUUCCCCAGCGGCUGCUAUUGUCUGCAGCCACUGGAGGGGGGUAUCCUGUCGUGCUGACCGAUCAGCAGUGAUCGGCAGCGCUGCAAUCUGUACGGGAGAGUGCAGGGAGGCAGAGGGACCUUCCGGUCUCUCUGACAGCAGCAGUGGAGGGAAGUUUCUCUUCCCUGCCGCUGCUAACACUGUUUAUCUGACUGGUCGCAUCCUGUGCUACCAGGUCAGAUAGAGCACUUGCAGGCAUGGUUGCAUCUGAUGUGACCAUGCCAGGCAAGUGGUUAAGGCAAGCCCAGGUCAGUUUAGUCUUAAAACAAAUUGCUGCUUUUUAAAUCUAGUGGCUACAUUGCUGAAAUUUCACUGCAACUUGUAGGCUAUUACAUUUGGGACGAUACGUUUUCGUGGGUGGUAUUUCAUUGUUUGAAAAGUCAGUUGGGUGUCUGUUUUUUCCCCCUAUCUAAUAGACCAGAAAAAACAGACAUCCAACCGAUUUUUCAAACAACUGAGUAAAAAUGUCAUGCCUAUUUUCUAACUGUAAAUUUUGUUUAAAUUUUUUUUCUCAUUUGUUUUGUAUAAAGCUUAUAUGAAUGUCCAUAUGUGAAGACAAUCAAAGAACAAAUAUCAAUGUAAAAAGUUAAUGGAAUUUCUAGUACACUCCUGCACUUUAGUGUGCUUUUAACGGUUAUUCUGCACAAUAAAAAUGUGGUAUGAGAAUUA